CUUCCGUAUUAGUAAUGUUUCUGCCGUCGCCUGUGUAAUGCGUUAAUCUGCUGGAAACGAAGUUUGUCAGCUGACCAACUGUUGAAAUAAAAUGUAGAAUAUAGUUUAUAACAGCAACAUUUUGUUAAUGUUGUGUAACUCGUAAGAAGCGGCUGUUUUGCAGGUAACUAUGUCCGGUAACUCUUUCCGGUAACUUCGUCCAUGACCAGAACCACAUGGCAGGCGUUAAAGUUUUCCUCGAGUCUCUUAGGAGGGGACUGAAAGUGGACUUGAUUAGGGAAGUGGCCCGGCAGUACCCGUUCAUCUGCUUCGUGCUUGUCUCCAUGCUCUCCUCAACCAUAAUCCUCAACAGAUAUAUCCAUGUCCUGUUGAUAUUUUGGUUUUUCCUGGCUGGAGCGAUCACCUUCUACUGCUCGCUGAGUCCCGACAGCCUGGUGCCAAACGUCCUGAUUUCCAUAACGACUAAGGAUAAACAGCAGGAGCAGCAGGAGCUCUUCCCACAGGGCCACAGUUGUGCAGUUUGUGGGAAGAACAAGUGCAAACGACACAGACCAGCUCUUCUUCUGGAAAACUACCAGCCAUGGUUAGGUUUGAAGGUGCACUCGAAGGUGGACGCCUCCAUCGGAGAGGUGUUGGAGUUGGUCCUAGAGAACUUUGUGUAUCCGUGGUACAGGGAUAUAACAGAUGAUGAGGUGUGCGUGGACGAACUCAGGCAGACCUUUCGUUUUUUCGCCUCCGUUCUGGUUCGGCGAGUCCAGAAGGUGAACGUUCCAUCAGCCAUCACUGGCAGAAUGAUGAAAGCAGCCAUGAAGCACAUAGAGAUUGCUGCCAAAGCACAGCAGAAAGUGGAUAAAAACCGGCCCCUGCAGCAGGUGGCGCUAGAGGAGUACGGCGCAGAUCUGCACGUGGCCCUGCGCAGUCGACGAGACGAGCUGCUCUACUUACGGAAGCUCACAGAGAUGCUCUUUCCAUAUGUCAUGCCUCCUAAAGCUACUGACUGCAGAUCUCUGUCUCUGCUGAUUCGAGAAGUCAUGACCGGCUCUGUGUUUCUCCCAACCAUGGACUUCAUGGCUGACCCGGAUACGGUGAACCACAUGGUACUCCUGUUCAUCGAUGACACUCCUCCUGAGCCAGCAACUGAGCCUCCAUCUGCCCUGGUGCCCUUCCUACACAAAUAUGCAGACUCGCGCAACAAACAUCCCUCUGUGCUGAAGCUGGACCUGAAGGAGAUCCGUGAGCAGCAGGAUCUGUUGUUCCGCUUUAUGAGUUUCCUCAAACAGGAGGGAGCCGUGCAUGUGCUGCAGUUCUGCCUUGCUGUGGAAGAGUUCAAUGAUAAGAUCUUGUGUCCGGAGCUGAGUGAUUCUGAGAUGCGCUCCCUGCAUGGUGAGGUACAAAAGAUCUAUGUGACCUAUUGCCUGGAGGAGAGCAUCGACAAGAUCAGCUUCGACCCCUUCAUCAUCGAGGAAAUCCGCAACAUUGCGGAGGGACCAUACCCAGGAGUAGUGAAGCUGCAGAAGAUGCGAUGUCUCUUUGAGGCCUAUGAGCAUGUCCUGUCCUUGCUGGAGAAUGUCUUCACUCCGAUGUUUUGCCACAGUGAUGAGUAUUUCAGAUACCUGCUGUGUGGCGUAGAAUCUCCUCCUAGAAAUGCUAAACUAAACAGGAAUUUGAGUAUGGAUGAUUUAAGGAACCCACCUAAACGGGGCGAGUCGUUUGGGAUCAGCCGCAUUGGCAGUAAGCUGAAGGGUGUGUUUAGAAGCAGCACGAUGGAAGGAGCAAUGCUGCCCACUUACACCAUGGUUGAUGGAGAAGAGGACAUGGUGGAGGAGGCCACGGUGGUGGUGGAGGACGACUGUCCUGUGCCGGUGGAAGUGGUGGCUAUUCCAGGAACACAGCGGAACCUGUCAGCGUGGCUCAUCUCUAUUCCCUUCGUAGACUUCUAUGAUGAUGAAGUCAAGAAAGAGCGUGUUCCUGUCUUCUGCAUUGACGUGGAGCGGCACGACCGUGAGCAAGUGGGUCAUGAGACAGAAAGCUGGUCAGUCUACAGGAGGUACCUUGAGUUCUAUGUCCUCGAGUCCAAACUCACAGAGUUCCAUGGUUCAUUCCAGGAUGCACAGCUCCCUUCCAAAAGAAUUAUCGGACCAAAAAAUUUUGAGUUCCUAAACUCCAAACGUGUAGAAUUUGAGGAAUACCUGCAGAACUUGUUGCGACACCCCGAGUUGAGCAACAGCCAACUGUUAGCAGACUUCCUCUCCCCUUAUAGCACAGAGACGCAGUUCCACGACAAGAUGUUGCCUGACGUCAACCUAGGAAGGAUAUUUAAGUCAGUACCAGGGAAACUCAUCAAGGAGAAAGGACAGAACCUGGAGCCAUUCCUCCAGUCCUUCCUCAACUCGUGCGAGCAACCGAGACCCAAACCGAGCCGUCCCGAACUCACCGUGCUCAGCCCCACUGCUGGCAGCAACAAAAAGCUCUACAACGCUCUUUAUAAAAACAAUGCUGACCAAGCCGACAGCAUGGACAGGAAGCAUAAGCAGAACUAUUUUUUGGAGCGGAUGGAGCUGGAGGGUGUUUAUGACUACAUGAUAUAUGUGGGUCGAGUGGUUUUCCACAUGCCUGACUGGCUGCACCACGUGCUCUACGCAGGCCGCAUACUCUUUAAGAAGACUCUGGAGGCGUACAUGGACCAAUACGUCCAGUACAAACUGGACCAGAUCCUACAGGAGCACCGCCUCGUCUCCUUAAUCACUCUCCUGAGAGACGCAGUGUUCUGUGAGAACAAUGAAGAGCGCUCCCCGGAAGACAAACAGAGACGAGCCAAGCAAACAUUUGAAGAGAUGAUGAACUACCUGCCAGAUGUCGUGGGUAAGUGUAUAGGAGAGGAAAACAAAUAUGAGGGAAUUCAGCUGCUCUUCAACUGCCUCCAGCAGCCUCUCCUCAACAAACAGAUUACUUAUGUGCUGCUAGACAUUGCAGUUGAGGAGCUUUUCCCAGAGCUCAGUGUGAAAGAAAACCCAAGAAAUAGAUGAAUGUAAAGAAUACUCGGAUGCCCUCCGGAUUUUUUAAAUACUUUGGAGACGUAUUGACAUUCCAGUGUUUAUUAUUGCAGUGCUGAAAUAAAUGUAUUUAUUAUUAAUUUGAA